GUGAAUGACGAGAAGGCAAAGCAUCCGUUUAACCUUUGAACUGUCUUCCUUUUGCUCCACGCCGAAUCACAAGACCGAUUCCCUUCCCGGUGAUUGUCGAUGCCAACGGUAAGCAAGGACACACUUGAACUUCCCGAGGAGAGGAGCAAGUGGGAUUCGCGCUCGUGUCCUGCAUGUCAUGACCACGGUCCACUUCACCCCGGGUUCGGAUUCAGAAGUGUGGCAAGGAUGGAUGAUGCCAAAGUAGAGAUUGACAACGGGCAGGAUGAUGCUGUGGAACCACACACUAUGUACCACAAUAUCCGGAAGAAGAUUGCCCCCUUUGUUAUGUCCUUUGGAUUCCGUGUAUUUGGCGUGGUACUAAUCCUCGUUGACAUCGUGCUGGUCAUCGUGGAUAUUUCCCUGCCAGCCAGGAGCAGAGAAGUGGGGAAUUCUCUGGAGACCGUGUCCCUUAUCAUCUCCUUCUUCUUCCUGGCUGAUGUUCUCCUCCGGGUCUAUGUGGAAGGAUUUAAGGUCUACUUUGGCUCCACGCUGAACAUCAUCGACGCCUGUGUCGUGGUCGUCACAUUGGUGGUGACCAUGAGCUACACCUUCACUGACCUUUCUGGAGCCAGCCUCAUUCCCAGGGUGGUUUCCUUUCUGCGUUUCUUGAGAAUUAUCAUCCUGGUGAGGCUGUUCAGGCUGGCGGCUCAGAAGAAAGAGCUGGAGAAAGUCACAAGAAGGAUGGUCUCUGAGAACAAGCGGCGCUACCAGAAGGACGGCUUUGACCUGGACCUCACCUAUGUCACAGAUCGUGUGAUUGCCAUGUCUUUCCCUUCAUCUGGGAAGCAGUCCUUCUACAGGAACCCAAUCAAGGAGGUGGCGAGGUUCCUUGACACUAAACACGAGGGCCAUUACAGAGUUUAUAACCUUUGCAGUGAGAAAGGCUACGACCCCAAAUUCUUCCACUACAGUGUCGAACGGGUGUUCAUCGACGACCACAAUGUUCCUUCUUUAGAGGACAUGCUGAAAUACACAGCUAGUGUGAAGGAGUGGAUGUCGGCUGAUCCCCAGAAUGUCAUCGCCAUUCACUGCAAAGGAGGAAAAGGCCGUACUGGUACUCUGGUGUGCACGUGGCUUAUUGACAGUGACCAGUUUGAGCGCGCACAGGAUAGCCUGGAGUAUUUUGGGGAGAGGAGGACGGACAAGAGUCGGAGCUCCAAGUUUCAAGGAGUGGAGACGCCCUCCCAGAGUAGGUAUGUGGGCUAUUACGAGACCAUGAAGACGAAAUUCAACAGACAGCUUCCUCCUCCGAAGAGACUCAGGAUCAAGAGCAUCCGCAUCCACUCCAUAGCAGGUGUGGGCAGAGGUAACGGCAGCGACUUAAAGGUGAAAAUAAUAGUGAGGAAAGAACUUGUGUUUCAGUGUCUGUGCGCCACACAGGAGAACUGCGCAGUGUUUCCCGACCUGGGCGGCAAUGCAGUAGUCAUCAGCCUCCAGAAUGGACCUGAGGUUCAAGGAGAUGUCAAGGUCAUGUUUGAGUCCACUGCUGGUAUUCCCAAAGGAUAUGAAGACGUUCCCUUCUACUUCUGGUUCAAUACCUCCUUCGUAGCAGAUAACAAGCUGUUUUUACCCAGAGAGGAACUGGACAACCCUCACAAACCUAAAAUGUGGGACUUGUACAAGGAGGACUUUGGCGUCACCAUGUCCUUCUCGGAUGUCUAAUAUUGUAAUAAUAAAUGCUCUUCAGCAAGAUGGACUACACUAGGGAGCUUUUUGUUGAUCAAGAGCAUUAACGAAAGUAAAUUCAAAAAUACAUCGGGAAAAGAAUGACAUCUUAAUUUGAAAAGUGUGCAGGUGCUUUGUGGGACAUCACUACAAGCCAAGAAAGAAAACAAUAAUUAGAAAAUAAAAUCAAAGAAUA